CCGUGCGCGCGCCACACCGGCCGCAUCGGCAACGCUGCCCCCGAAUGCGCGAGAGUCGGCAUUCUUGCUGACAUGGCGUCUUGAUGUGCAGUGGUGUUUAGUUAUCCUGUUUCGGGUGCACAACCCUUUUGUUUUUUGAUGCUGACACUACGCAAAGUGUGGACAAAAAAAAUAACAAAAUUCCGCCUGUACCACCAAUGUCAAGUCUAAGCUAUCGCUACCCGCCACAGAUACAGUACCAGCAGCCCGGAAUAGCUGCCCCCGCCCCAAACAUGUCUUCCCAGCGCUUCUGCCUGCGAUGGAACAACCACCAGUCCAACCUGCUGUCCGUCUUCGACCAGCUACUGCACGACGAGAGUUUCGUUGACGUCACCCUGGCAGUCGAAGGACAAUUGUUGCGAGCCCACAAAAUGGUCCUAUCCGCCUGCAGCCCCUACUUCCAAGCCCUGUUCGUCAACCAUCCGGACAAACAUCCCAUCGUCAUACUCAAAGACGUCCCCUACAGCGACAUGAAGUGUCUGCUGGACUUUAUGUACCGCGGCGAGGUCAGCGUCGACCAGGACAGGCUGACGGCCUUCCUGCGCGUCGCCGAGAGUCUACGCAUCAAGGGCCUCACCGAGGUGAACGAGGAGAAAUGCGACACCAUAACGUCAUCCCUCACGCAACAACAGAACAACCUGCCCCAUUUGCAGAGGCUGCAACAGAACAAACGGUUCGGCAGCAAUUUCAACAUGCUGGGCAAUGCGCUCCUGCAACCCAAAAGGAAACGGGGCAGACCUCGGAAACUGUCCGGCAGUUCGAAUGGUCCAGAUGAUUACGACAGAAACGAUUUGGUGCAGGGCAGUCCGGAGAUGAUGGAGAUGAACAUGGGCGUGGACGGGUUCGCUGGCAACAAUUCGGACGGCAGCACGGGGAAGGAGGAGAAGGACGAGCAGGAGACGGUGAAGGAAGAAGAACCGGUGGCGGGGACCUCGAAGGAGCCCGUCUUUAACCACUCCAAGACGCCGGAAGAGAACGAUCUGCAGACUGAUAACCAAAUAACCUCGAAGCUGUUAACCCCGAAGAUGGAGAUAAUCGAGCACGACGUCGGCACGGCGCCGAUGACGGAUUGCAUGUCGGGCGGCGGCGCCGAGAACCUGAACAACAACAACAACCCCCCGACCCCGUCGACGAGCUCCCUGAACUCGAUCUGCAUGAGCGCGCCGCCGUCCGGCCGGCAGCCGGUGAAGCGGCGGGCGCGACGUCGCGCCACCUCCCAGAGCCAGGAUCCCGCCGAGCAGCUCACCGAGAUGUCGGUCCGGGGGUUGAAUCUGUUCAGGUACGCGUCCAUCACCGACGGCGUCUACCAGUGCACCGAGUGCGCCAAGGUGGACGUGCAGAAGACGUUCAAGAACAAGUACAGCUUCCAGCGUCACGCGUUCCUGUACCACGAGGGCCACCAGAGGAAGGUGUUCCCGUGUCCCGUUUGCCAGAAGGAGUUCUCGAGGCCGGACAAGAUGAAGAACCACAUGAAGACGGUGCACGACUGCUUCAUGCCGAAGGACGUCGUGUUCCCGCCCAUGGGAUUCUUCCCGCUGCCCUGAACUGUUUAAUUUAUCGAGGUUUUUGUACAUAGGAUUCAUUAUUGUAGGUUCUUGUGCUGGAACACGGGAUGCUCCAUGCGCGGAUUGAUUUCGUACUUGGUGCUAAUUGUUGGGGAGAAUCAAAAAACAAGUACAAGUUUUGUUUUUCUUUUUUUUUUUUCGUUUUUAUUUUGAGUUUUUAAUACUAGUUCGUAUGACAAUGUGAUUAACCCGACGGUAGGGUUAAAAAAUGGUCUGCAAGGCCGACCUGUAAUUACUAGUAAUUUAAAUCGUACCAACUGCUAAGCAGUACAUAAUCCAAAAUGAUUACGCGAUUACGUACGUACUAAGUUUUUGUUGUUUCUAAAGUUUAUUAAUUAGUGUUUGGUUUGGAUAGUUUAGGGGACUUGCAAAUAUUUUCUAGAAUAGCUUGUUUUAUAUAUAAAUAUAUCUUUGUUUAUAACAAAAUUAACAAUUAUUUUAAAAAUAAGUUAUGUAGAAUAUGUUUAUAUAUAUAUAUUAAAUAUUUUUUGAAAUAUUGACUGCACAGAGUAGACAAUACAAUUAUAUAUAUACAAGAAUAUAUAUUUCAUAGAACUAUAUAUAUAUUUAUAUAUUAUGCCGCAUGCGAGCACAGUUAAACAGUAUAUGUAUAUCAAUAAGUUUUGUUUAAAAAAAAAAUAUUUACUUUUAGGUGUUGGGACAAUAAAAAACAAUAAUUUUUAUUAAUCUAAUCGCGAUAAACGCCGAAUCUUAUUUAUUUUUUAUCGCUGUAAGCUUUUGUUGAUUAAUUUCUACUAGUAGUUUUUACCCACCGACAAAGCAAUCUUUAAUUUUCAUGCGACGUGAACGUGUUAUUUAUUAAUAAUGAACGCAUCAGGAUGUUUUCGUUAUUGAUUUAAUUUUUAUUUUAUUUAAUUAUUCAGAUGCUGGACCGUGUGACGAACGUUGUUCCCGUUAUCCCAAUAGAUUGGCCGUCAACUCGAAUCACAAACGGGGAGAACGUUUGUCCCGCGUCCGUCCAGCGUUCGUGAACACUUGUGAUAAACCUACAAACUAGCGCCUGUAAUAAUAAAAAUUAAAUACAUAAUAAAAACGCUGUAAUAUAUUAAAUAUAGUUGUUAAUUGUUUAACAAAUAGUGUGUUUCGUGUGUUAUGUGAUUUUAAUUUAUAACCCGUGAAAGAAAAUUCUGUUUAUAAACUUGUAGGUACAAAAAACACAACAUUAGAUAUGUAAUAUCUAGAAAAAGGCAAUAGCAUAGAUAGAAUCACUGUGUGAUAGAUUUUGUUUGUUUUUUUUUUCUUUUUAUUUAACAGAUUUUGUUAGGCCGAGGCCAGUUUUGUGCGUCAACGUUCUUCCCACAGGAGCGCAACCUGAACCUUAUUGAUUGUGUAAAAACGAACUCUCCUCCAACUUACAAUCGUUCAGUCACAUUACAGAUCGUAGAUCUAUAAAUUAGUAACACUUUUUAUUUAAUUUUUUAUUUUUUAGUUUGUACUUAAGUAUUCAAAUUAUGUUUAUUACAAGUUGAAUGGUUGUGAGUUGUUGAGACGUUCAAAUAUCGUGCAGGAGGCGCUCUUUAAAUAACUGUAGAAGAGUAAUAACAAAGUGCAAUUAAUAUAGAAAUUUAUAUACUAACGUUGUUAGAUUAAGUUCAGAAUAAAUGAUUUAUUUUUGCAAAUCAAGAUUUGCUGAAAAUUUGUUAAUAUGUCUAAAUUUAUUAUAGAAAUAUAUUAUCCAUAGUAAUUUUAUAUAUAUUAAAUUUUACUAUUAAAAAUAAAUGUUAAGUUAAUUUUUUAGUGUGUGCUAAAUUAAAUGUUAUAUUUUUUAUUGUUUUGGUAAUUUUUUAAUGCUUUAAUCCUAUCCAUGUGUAUUAUAAUUAAUUUUAUAUUGUUCAUGUUAAUUUUCGUUAUAUCACUUGAGUUUUUUUUAAUGACACUUUAUGGUGCAGAUUGUAUUAUAUUCAUGUACACUUCUCAAUUCGCAAAGUUUAGUAUGGAACUAUGUUUGUUUAUUGUACUUUUCUUUAUUAAUAAAUCUACCUCUAAUAAUUUAA